AUGCACGUCUCCGGAUCUGUUGUUCUUCUUCUGUGCUUCUGGAAAAUUGACGUCUUCGGCUUUCUGUUCCCCGCGCCAUCGACGUCUUCGUGCUCCACCUGCACCUGUCCGACGGCCAUUUGUCCCGCUCAGCCGUCUUGUCCUCCAGUUGCGGCUUGUCCUGCGCCGGUAUUUAUUAUCUAUUAUUAGAUGAUUAAAUUUCAAGUAAAAAAAAAUAUGGGAAAAACAUUUCUGACUCAAGGUAUCUAAUCCGUGUUGCGACACGUGCCGAUCCUGCAAGAAAGAGCGAUUCCGACGCUCCAUUCUGAGCAAUGCGACCUACAUCGUCGCUGAGGAUGUCCUAACUAACACAAACAGCCUCUCAAAAAAGCAAAAACGAGAAAUCUCUAAAGAAAACUUGGACUCCGACAAGUGCAACAGUCCCGCUCUCCAGCAAAUAAUUCUACAGGUAACUUUGACUUGUGAAAAACAAUCAAAAAUCCGAUGGAUAGAACAUUGACCGAGUCACUUCGAUUGGAAAGAAGAGGAUGCAAGAAGUCGCGGAGAGCACUCUUGGAGCGAGGUUUGAACCAAAAACAUACAAAACAUUUCAAACUUUAUAGGUACAACGUGAUUUGCGCUCGUGGCGACUUCUCCUACAUUGCCAAUACGGAGGAAUACUGCCAACAGACGGUCGGAGACGUCACCUGCUUCCUCUUCAAGCAACUUUCCGACGUUGUUCGCUCACGCUUGUAAAAUGUUUCCCUUUUUUGCAUGCUCCUAUCCUUCCGUAUGUUUACUUUUCACCUUGAAAAACGCGCUUCUCACAGCCAAAAUAAACGGUUUCCAUUCUGUCAACAUGAAAACUCGAAAGCUUCGAAUGAACGAAGUCGAGACAGGGGUUGAAAAGUUAUGAAGAUCUUUUUUUAAAGAAUGGGAAAACAAUUUUACGUUACGAUAAUUAUUCCCUCGAGGAGGACCGUAGUUACUGUAGUACGGACGUCUGCAAUCAAGUGUGCAUUGAAAUUUUUUACGAGAAGUAAUUUUUUUUUGAAAUUUAAAAUACUCUGUGAUUCCACUUUUUCUUAUCGUUUGAUAGAUAUAAUCAAUUUUUUUUCUGCAGAAUUUUUCAUUAAGGUUUCAACUAUUUAUUCUUUGUUUUCUUAUUCUCAACUUCUCAUUUAAUAUGACAUAUACAUUAUGUAUUGAAUUUUUCUUUUUUUUCACGUUUUGCUUUUAUUACUUCAUCAGAAACUCAUGGUUAAUCUUUUUUUCGACAUGCGGUGACAUGUCACGUACUAUUAUAUUCUUUGCAACGACUCGAAGUGGGCGAUUGGUGAAGAGGUUUUUCUCCAACGCGCGACCCGGCGAUCCUCAUAAACUUGUUGAUUUAGAAGCGUACACGCCUGAUAAAAUUCGAAAUUUUGGGUUUGAAAAGUGUUCCAAAACUCUUUAAGAGUCUUAACUUUAGAAUCGUCGCACACGUCGAUCAUGGAAAGAGCACUUUGGCUGACAGAAUCCUCGAGCUUUGUGGCGUUGCUGCACCGGGGCAACAACAGGUUGGUUUUUCACUUUUUUUAAAAAUGUAACCCAUAAAUGUAUUGUUUCUUCCUUCUCAAAUUUCAUCAUUUAAGAUGCUGGAUCGGUUACAAGUUGAGAAGGAACGUGGAAUCACGGUCAAAGCGCAAACAGCUUCCCUCCCUUACAAGGUUCAUUUUCGCGCAGCUUCAUGAGAAUUUUCAGGGCUAUUUAGUCAAUUUGAUAGAUACUCCAGGUCACGUGGACUUUUCUGCCGAAGUUUCGAGAUCUUUGGCCGUUUGCGAUGGAAUCGUUUUACUUGUUGCGGCGAAUGAAGGCGUUCAAGCUCAGGUUUCCCCAUUUUCUGCGUUCCUUCCAAAGAUUCUUCAGACGGUGGCAAACUUUUGGUUGGCUUUCGAGAAAGACAUCACUAUUAUUCCUGUUAUCAACAAGAUCGAUUUACCCGGGGCUGAUGUUAAGAUGGUUCGUUUUGAAAAAGGAAAAGGGGAAAGUUGAUUUCAGGUCACUUCCCAGCUCAAAACACUUUUUGAUAUCGAAGAAAAUGAAUGUGUUUUGAUAUCCGCCAAGAAAGGUUUGAACGUGGGCCAAGUUCUCGACAAAGUCGUUGAGAAUAUUCCGCCGCCCAAGGCCGAUCCAAAAAAGGUGUUCAGGUUAGUGUCAUUCCGAACUUUGUGGCUGAAAAACACUUGAAAUUUUUCGAUUUUUCACAGAAAAGGGUCCGAAUCCCGAUUGUGAGAUUACAAAAAUUCGUCAAAUACCUUUAAAAAAUGCUCUGAUGUUUUCCCGUCGCUUAUUUGCUAUUAUUUCUUGCUUUUUUUAAUUUCAAAAGAUUUUGUGAUAUUGGCCUUAAUCCUGCUUAUGGUUCCCGUUUCAGAGGACUUCUCUUCGAUUCCUACUUUGACAACUAUCGGGGAGCGAUCGCGCACGUGUUAGUGAAGGAAGGAUCUUUGCAAAAAGGCCAGAAGAUCAGCUCCUACCACAACGGACGCUCGUACGAAGUGUCGGAGGUAGUUGAAGAGGCUGAGAGAAGGACGAAGACGGAUUGAGGUAGGCAUCAUGCGGCCGGAGAUGAUCCGCUGCUCGCAACUUUUUGCCGGACAGGUCGGUUACGUCGUCUGCAACAUGAAGACCGUCGCCGUGAGUUUCUUCAUGAUUUCAAACUGCUCCAACUCGUUGAACAUCUUCAGGAGGCCUUGAUUGGCGAGACUUUGUAUUCGGCUUCGCUAGAUCGAAAAGAUGUCGUUCCAUUUGAAGGAAUGAAGGUUUUCCGAUUAAUCAAAAUUGAAAUCAGAUUAUUAACUUAAGCUCGUUCAACCUACAGUUUAUGCUGGUCUUUUUCCUGUGGAAUCUGCUGAUUAUGAAAAUUUGAAACAGGUAGAUUUCCGCGAAUGGUUUGCAUAGACAGUGAAAAAAAAGCGAAAUAAUUUUUUUCUAAAAAUCAGCAAAUGAAACUGAGAUAGUAAGAAAGCAAUAUGAAAUAAAAGGCGUCAAAAUAAGUAGAAACUUUGAGAUUUUUCACGCUUUCAAAUUCGCCCACUCACAAAGAAGGCCAUUCACCUUCGUGGUAGGGAAUAUCCUGUAAUUUCUCCAGAACACCUUGGUUUACCAGAUGAAGAAGGUCUUCAUAUUUUACCGAUUUUUUGUUUGAAGGCUGUCGAACGCCUUUGUUUGAAUGACUCUUCGGUCACAGUAACUCCAGAUUCCAGCAGAGCCCUGGGCUUAGGAUGGCGGGUUUCUAUCUUCCCAUUUUUCAUAUUUCAUUUUAUUCCGGUUUCCAGAUAGGUUUUCUUGGCGUUCUACACAUGGAAGUUUUCGGCGCGCGUCUUUCUCAGGAAUACGACGCCAGUGUCAUUUUGUGCCAACCAAGUGUUGAAUACAGAGCAAUUAUUAAGGUAAGGACGAUAAUUUUCAUGUUUGAAGACUAUCCGUAUAGGAUAACGAUACGAUAAGGAAACGGUACGAUGGGAAAAGUGAGAUCAGGAUACUGGAUCCAGGAAAGUUCCCGGACCAUUUCGAUGUGGAGGAGUUCUUGGAGCCGAUGGUCAAGGUCUCGGUUCGAGACUUUUUCUAGUUCCUCAUUUGGGAUUUCAGGUUCGAAUGAUCGUGCCGAGCUCGAUGAUGGGCGUCGUCAACGGCCUUUGCUCAGAAUGUCGCGGAGAAAGAGGGGAUAUCAACUCGAUCGACGAACAGAGGAUGAUCAUCGUUUGGAGGCUUCCACUUGCCGAAGGUUUUUCUGGGAAACUAGAAUUGUUUUUUAGAAUCAUCUUGUCCUUUUCACAACUUUUUCCUUGCUAUCAUGUAGAGGAAGCAGAGAAAACACAAAUGUCUCUUGAAGGCCUUCGAAACUUGGACAAAAAAAAGUUUGAAAAUUAUUUCUAGAGAUUGAGAAGAAUGAUUUUCUUUGGAUUUCUUAACUGAAGAAUAUUGGCUUUUGAAAGUUUUGAAAAAUGGCUUUCUCGUUUUUUCUUUCUUUUUCUUAAAAAGUUGUCUCUUUCAGAAAAAUUUUUCAAUAUAAUGCUCUUUGAAAUUUCUCACUUUUUUUGCAAAAAAAAUUAUUAUACUUUUAAAACAUCCAUCCAAAAAGUGAACUUAAAAAUUGUUCCCAUAUCUAUACUCAACCGCAACUUCGGUUAUUUCAGUCGUCGUCGAUUUCUUCGAAAGACUCAAAAAGCUGACUUCUGGCUAUGCGUCUUUUGACUACGAAAACGACGGAUACAACAGCUCGAAACUCGUCAAAUUGGCCAUUCUGAUCAAUGAGAAAGAGGUAGUUUGAAAUUUACGAGAAAACUAAACUAUAGCAGAAUCAAAUCUGAAUUAAAAAUUUCAAAAAGUUCGCGAACGAGAUUUUUCAAAUCUGUAUGGAUAAAGGUUUUAGGUGAGCGAAUUCUCUCAAAUAAUUCCGGCGGCUAUGGCGCGAGAUCGAGCACGAUUACUACUGCAUCGCUUGAAACGGGAAAUUCCGCGACAGCAAUUUGAAGUCGUCAUUAAAGGUUGGGAAAAAGUUGAAGAGCUCCGUAAUCUAUACUAAGAACUUGCUGUGAUUUUCAAAGGCGUCAUCUUGAGUUUGUCCUUCAAACUUUCUGGCUUUUAUGAGUCAAAGAUCGACACUUCCUGUAUUCAGCGUGCAUCGGCCAAUCGACGAAAGCGUUGUCGCAAGUGGUGAUCCAGCCGAUGAAACGCGACUUCAGCCAACUCCUUAAGGGUAACUUUGGAGGCGGAGGUUUUCCCCAGCCGAUUCUUCUCCUUUUCACGCAAUCUUGUUAGGAAUGGAGCGGCUGAACAAAAAGUUGAGUCAUCAGAAAAAGGGCAAAGAACGGAUGAAGACCCUCGGAAACGUUCAAAUUCCCAAAGAAGCCUUCCUCAACAUCUUGAAGAACUGA